AAAGACAAAAAGAUGGCCACAUUGAUAAUCAGAUAAGAAGAAAACUGAGACUGACAGUUAUUCAAGCUUGAUGAUAAAAAUGUGAAAAAUAGCCGUUGAUAUAAAAUUGAUCGUUGUUCCAUUCAUUUAACACUAUUAGUAACGUUUUAACCAAACAACUAAUUACCUUAUCCUUAAACCCUUUUAGGUUAUACUUUUAACAGACUAUCAAAGAUAUCAAAUAUUUUGUCUCAAAAACUUUCUCACGCAUUUUUAUCAAUUAUUUAAGUAUUUCUUUCAACUCAUUUCUGCUGUUUUGUUAUCCAACUUUUUUGUCUCUACUUUUUGUCUCAACAAAAAUCACUAUUUCAGUAAGCACUAGAAAAGUCUUAUUUUUACUGUCUUCUUUUUUUCCUCUGUCUGUUGUAAGCGCCAAAAAACGACUUCGAUCUUUCUUUACUCUCUCCUACUCUCUCUAUAUCUCUCUCCCUCCAUUCUCUCUUCUGACAUGCUUCAAAUUUUCUCUGUCUUUCCAUGCUGAAUCUUGUUUUUCAUUAGAGAAACUUAACUUGCUUUGUUGAUCAUAGAUGAACAGUAAACACUUUUUUUUGUUAAUUUAAUCUAACUUACAAUCCUGUCUUUUCAUUGAUAUAUUUAUAUCAUCUUGUGUAUUUUUCGUAAUCGUAAUAAUCAAUGAACUUCAUAGACUGGGUACGUCAUAUUUUCCUAUUAUCAUUUGUACUCUCAAAUAUUUUGGGUCAAAUUGAGUCUUCAAAUUAUGAUAACCUAAGACAAUUGAGUGUUAAAAAAUCAUCUUUACCGACAUCAUCAUCUCUUAGAUCAAAUUCACCAUCAAAUGUCUCUUCAACCCUAUUGAGGCUUAAAACAUCAUCAUUUCCAUUAUUUUUAUCACCAUCAUCUAAACCAUCUGCAACUAAUCACUGUCAAUUUGGAGGCAAAACAUAUGAACCAGAUGAUAAAUGGAAACCCAAUUUAGGAUCACCUUUUGGACUUUUACCUUGUGUCUUGUGUCAAUGUGUUACCUUGCAGAAAAAGAGUCGAACUGUAUCCAGAGUUCGCUGUCGGAAUAUUGUUUCACAUUGUCCUAAACCCAAUUGUUCUGAGCCCGUUUUAUUACCUGGUAGAUGUUGUAAAAUUUGUCCAGACACCGAAUCAGACGAGUUUGAAGAUGAUCUCGCGCCACUUAUGAACAUAGACGUUGAGUCCUUGUGCGAAUCAUGGCGGACUGUCCCAAAAAUCUACAGAAAAUUUAUGAAGAAAAAUCGAAUUUGUGCAAACGGAACAUCAGCUGCAGCCCCGGUAUCACCAACAUCUACACCCAUGCAAACUCCAUCAUCUACUGAAUCAACACCUACUACAGUCAGGAUAACUCCAAGUACCAUCUCUUUGCCCCCAACACUUAAAACCGAUCAAUUUGUAGCCGAUGAGCAAACUAACAGUCUCCAAUCCAAUCAAGAAUCGGGUAUAUUCGUUAGUGAAAAUUUUUAUGGAGCGGCUUAUCCAAGUUCAAAACAUCGUAAAUGUUUGUAUAACAAUAAAAUGUUUGAUGAUGGAUCAGUAUGGAAAUCAUCCAAAGAUACAUGUAAAAUGUGCUCAUGUCAGAAAGGUCAGAUAAAAUGUGACACAAUUGUUUGCCCAGUUCCAAACUGUCUCAAUCCAAUAACAACAAGUGGAGAUUGCUGUCCUUCGUGUUUAGGUCAACCCAUUGGUGUAGAUAUAUUUCAAUCUUCAUCUUCAUCAGAAUAUCGUUAUUCAAACCUCAAAUGGGGACGCUCAAAAAGAUCCUAUUCUCAUGAGAGGUAUCUUGAAGUUAUGGUGGCUGCUGAUCAUUCAAUGCAAGAAUAUCAUGGAGAAAAUCUUCAUCAUUACAUACUCACACUUAUGGCUACCGUUUCCAAGGUUUACAGUGAUGAUAGUAUUGGCAAUCAUUUGCGUAUCUCAGUUGUUGAUGUUAAAAUGAUCCACCGAAGAGAGUUCACAUUAACGGAUCAUUCGCUUACAUCAACUUUACAACAGUUUUGCCGAUGGCAAAGACUUCGAAACACUGGUCCAACCUAUGAUUGCUCUAUUCUCUUAACUCGUCAUAACCUUUGUCAGGGUCACAAUAGUUGUGAUGCCUUGGGUCUAGCUAGGUCAAGUACUGUAUGUAAUACAAAUCUUAGCUGUGCCAUCAUUGAAGAUAAUGGAAUGUCAGCUGCCUUUACCAUCGCUCAUGAAAUUGGUCAUAUUCUUGGAUUACCUCACGAUGAUGACAGCAAAUGUUUAGAAUUUUCCAGGAACCGACAACCCGAGCGGAAAGUUAUGGCUCGUUUACUCGACAAUCGUAGUCAUCCCUGGAGCUGGUCAAACUGUUCCCGACAUUUUCUUACUGAAUUUUUUGAUGCAGGUUAUGGCUCGUGUUUACUUAACAAACCUCCAGUUAACCUGUUAGAUCGCCAUUUCGUACACUCUGUGAAUGGAAUAUCUGAUGAACGAAUCUCAAUAGUUUCUCCUUCCAAUGCAUCUAUUACAUCAUCAUAUUUAUCAUCUUCGUCAUCGUCACCGUCCUUGUCUUCGUCCUCGUUGUCGCUAUCUUCAACAUCACCAUCAUCGUCAUCUUCAAAAUCAUCCUUGUCCUCGUCUGCAUUAUCUUCAUCUUCAUUAUUUUCAGCACGACCAUCUUCCUCAUUACCAUUCUUAUCAUCAUCACAAUCUUGGUCACGUACACAGAUGCCUACCAUUUACGGUCGUCAUGCACAAUGUGAACUGGUUUUUGGUCCAGACGCUUCUGCUUGUCCUUAUGAAGAAUCUUGUCGCGUUUUAUGGUGUGACAUACCUGGUCACGGGUGCCGUACUCAACACAUGCCAUGGGCUGAUUUUACACCUUGUGGUAGACAUGUUUUACAACAGUGUUAUCAAGGAUCAUGUGUCUGGAUUAAUGCAACAGAAAGAACUCCUAAGGAUGGUGGUUGGGGACCAUGGAGUAGCUUUUCAGAAUGCUCAAGAUCUUGUGGAGGAGGAGUACAACGAGCAACACGAGAAUGUGACAAUCCAAGACCUAGUUAUGGAGGUAAAUAUUGUAUCGGUGAGAGAAUAACAUACCGUUCGUGCAAUAAUCACCUUUGCCCAGAAGGUAGUGGAGAUUUUCGAGCUAGUCAAUGUGCUGAAUUCAAUAAUCUUACUCUUGGAAUCAAAGAACUUGGCAGGGACGUUGAAUGGGUUCCUAAAUAUAAUGUUGCUGAAAAAGAUCGUUGUAAAUUAUUCUGUACAGCCAAACAAACGGGAAUCUUUUCUAUGUUAAAACGAAAGGUAAUCGACGGAACACCUUGCAGUCUUGAAACGAAUGAUAUUUGUGUUAACGGAAAAUGUAUGCCUGCAGGCUGUGACCAUAUUCUUAAAAGUGACAAAAAACUUGACUUUUGCGGUGUCUGUGGUGGAGAUAACUCGACAUGUCAAGAAGUUGUCGGUUCGCUUAACCAUGUCCAAGUUCAUCAUGGCUAUAAUUCUCUAGUGAUUAUACCAAAAGGUGCUGCCAAUAUUGAGGUUGUUCAACACAAUUCAUCAUUGAGGGAUCAUCAUUAUUUAGCACUUAAAGCCGCUGAUGGAAGCUACCUAAUCAAUGGAGGUAAGGUUGUCUCACUUGAAAGGAGGGUGAUUCCUUACGCGGGAACUGUUAUCGAAUAUUCAGGAUCAAACCAAACAAUGGAACGAAUUAAUGCUUCCAAGCCAAUCAAUGAACCAUUAUUUAUUGAAGUAUUAUCUGGAGGUGAUUAUUCACUUCCCGAGAUAAGAUAUCGAUACUCUUCAGCUAAACCAAAUGUUACACGAUUGUCAAAUAUGGUUAAACCUUGUACGAAUUGCACAAAAUAUGCUUGGCGUACUUCUGAUUGGGGAUUGUGUUCCCGACCUUGUGGCUUUGGUAUUCAAAAGCGUUCAGUCAUUUGUUUAAAGAAAAACAAAGAUGCAAAUCAUUUUUUGUAUGAUAAAAAGCAUCGACGUAACUUAGGUAAAAAGUAUCAAUCACUUAAAAACAAAUGUGACCCGAAAAAAAGGCCUCACCAUUGGCAAAGAUGUUUUCUUGGCGAUUGUAACGGAGGUCCAAGAUGGAGAACAGAACCAUGGGGACAAUGUUCAGCAGAUUGUGGACUUGGUAAACAACGACGAUCAGUACCUUGUACUGACGGUAAAAGUGGAAAACGGAUCAACAGACGAUUUUGUGAUGCCAAUUAUCGACCUCAACGCAGGAGAAAAUGUUUCCUCAGAUCAUGUCAACCAAUGUAUGGUACAUUAUGAUUAAAGAAACAAUUGUUGAUGAACACUUGAGUGUCUCUGAGACUGACAAAUGCACUUUUUUUAUCUCCAAAUUUGUCAAAUUGACAUUCUUUUAAUUUCAAAACAAAUUAGAUUCAUGCAAUUAUUAACCAUCGAUCUCAAGUUUAAAUUGUUUGCCAACAUUUAGUUGUAAAAAGCUUUUCAUCUACAAGCAUUUAUUAAUAUAUUUCUCAAAACCAGAAAAUGUCAUUUAUUUAUAUUCAAUUGAUAUUCACAAUCUGAGAUGUCAAUAAAUAAUAGAAAUAACUUUUACAA